AUGGCCGAUCGCAAGGGGAACGUCCGCGGUGUGGUGGGAGCUGCAGCAGCCAUUGUCCUUGUUUCGCGCAUCCGGGAUGUCAGGCAUCUGCCACGGCUGCUGCUGGACAAGGGCUCGCCAGCUCAGAGUCUGCAUGUGCUGGCAUCAUCUCUUGCAAUUUUUGGCUACGAGCGUCUAGUGGCCAUGAUCUUGCGACGACUCGGCAUGACGAGGAUGCCUUCCACCUUGGCGGCAAUGCUCUCCCUCUUCGCCGGCCUGCGGACUGUUCAGAAGCUCAAGGACCGCGCUACCUCGGACAGGUUUGCAGAUCUCUUGAAGCCGGGGGUGGAUUUCCUUGGCAAGUGGAUGGGACUGUUCCUGGCCCCUCCACUGGUCUCCUUGGACGCCUCCAUCGCGCGACUGCCACCAUACAGUGGCAAGGUCUGGGCCAACACAUCGGCACUGCUGGGUAUCGGAUGGGGUGCCACGCACGCUGCUGCAGCGGCAGUUGCCACCUCCUUGGUACCGCAACGCCAAGCACCGACAUCUAGCAAGCCCGCGGCUGCAACUGCAAAGCAGGAAGCCAAUGGCAACAAAGAGGUCUCUCUUGAUGAAGCUGUACGACGUUCGUGGGUUCUACUGGGCGCUGCUGGAUUUCUUGGAGUGGCUUGUUCACCAGCUUUACCGGUGGUGUUGCAUCGACCCUUUGGGAUGUUGUGUGAGAUGAGCACGACUGUGUGCUCAUUCGCGCUUUCAAAGCUUCUGCCGGAUGCUGUGCAGCGCGUGCUCCACCCUCUGGUGAUCUGUGCGGUGUCUUCAAAUUUGGCAUCUCGAUUUGUGGGGCCGACAGCCCCCUAUUUCGAUGAGGGACGGGGAGUGGGAGACAAGCUUUUCCAGUGGCUUCCUGCAGCCGUUACUGGCCUUGGGGUGCGAAUGUACAACACCACCGGCUUGUGGUUAGACAACGCAGAGGAUUUCAAGUGUGUGUUGGCUACCUGCUCCGCCUCGGGUUGCUUUUCUAUUUUCCUGACAACCUUGGGGGCGGUGAACCCAAAAUCGCCACUGACAGUGCCAGCGCCGCUCUCCCUGCCGCUGCUCCACCGCUCUGUGAUGUCGGCUUUGGGCAUCGAGGGCUCACAGGCCAUUGGUCCAGAGUGUGACCCGAAACUGGCAGUGGCGUCCAUUCUGAUCACGGGAUGCAUUGGGGCUUCUUUGGGCAACGCCUUGCUGGAAGCGUUCCCGGCCUUCUUCCGCUCGUCUUCACCAUUGGUGCGCGGUGUUGCCAUGGGGUGCUCAGCACACUCCAUCGGCACUGCUGGCCUCAUCUCCCUUGGGGACACAGAAGCAGCAGCCAUUUCUGGAGCCUCAAUGUUGGGAGCUCAGAAAGGAGCGAGGCCAGCCCCAACAUUUGAGAUUCCAAUUCCAAUCACGUGA